AUGAAUACUAAUAAUAAUGAUAAUAAUAUUAAUACCAAUAUCAAAACUUCUAAACAACGCAAUGGUGAUAUCAAUUUAAUGUUUGAUCAUUCAUCGUCUAAUUCUUCGACAUCUUCACCUCACCUUCUUGUAUUCACUGAUUGUUUAAACAAUCCAGAUAAUAAUAAUAAUAAACAAUCAAUAAGAAAAGAGCAAAUGAUUUCUGGCAAUUCAUCAUCAUUAUCAUCACCUUCAUCAUCGCAUAAUUCUGUCAUUGAAUUACAAUGUAUUAUGAAAUCAAAAUCAAAGGAUUCACAAAAUCAAUCAUCUAUAUUCUUUCAUGAUAUAUUCAAUGCAAAAACUGCUCCUGUUACACCAUGUCGUAGAAUAAAACAACAUCAACAUAACUAUACUACUAAAAUAUCAGAUACAGGAAUAUCAAAUUAUGAACCGAAAAAGUGUACAAAUAUCACCACUACUACUACUACUACUACUACUACUACUGACAAUGAUAAUAAUAAUAGUACUAGUAGUAAGCAUAAAUCUUCUACAAUGCUUGUUACUAAUACAUCAUUUAAAGAUUUCAAUAGUGGACAUUAUCAAAGAAAGAAAAAUCUAUCCUAUUGUAAUGCAUCUACUGAACAUGGGAAGAAAAUCUCUGUUACUAAACGAUUACUUCAUAAUUUUCCACUUAGUAGUUCACCUUCAAUACUCUAUCAAUCAUUGUUUAUAUCACCUCAAAAAGAUCAUUCAUUUAAUAGUUGUACUACAUCAUUAACAAAUCAUAUUGAUUCAAUUCAUUAUCGUCUUUCACAAACAUUUCCAUUUGUAUUGCCUACAUCAAAAAUAAGAUCAUCAUCGUUACAUUUACCUAAGUUAUCAUCAUAUCAACAACAAUCUCAACAUUAUUCUUCUACAAAUCUAUCUCAUUUAGCCUUAGCUGCUCUUGCAGCUGCCCAAGUAACAAUUUCUAAUAAUAAUAAUAAUGAUUAUAAACAUAUUACACAUGAUGAGAAUGUUACUUUUGUUCAUCAUCAUCAUCAUCAUCAUUCCCCGGUUUUAAUGUCAACAUCGAAUGUUUCUCAUUCACAAUCCUCUCCAGUAAAAUUAGCAAAUAAUUUAGAAGUAAUUCGAGAAGGUCCUUUACUAUGUUGUACUACCUCUUUAACAUCAUUUAAAAUUGCCAAGUUCCAUAAUUCAUCAUCAAUCAGUAGUAGUAAUACAUCAUCAUCAUCACCACCACCAGCACCACAAUUGUCAACUUCAUUUACAGAUCAUUUCAAUAUUUCCACGAUUCCAUUUUGUCAAACUCUUCAUAAUAUGAAUCUAUCAACUUUGGAAUUACAAGUAAAUAAUAAUAAUAAUAAUAAUAAUCAAUCACCAAUAAAACAACAAAAUAAGUUAAAUAUACAUUCAUCACCUACUAUUACUGCUAAUCUUUCAUAUUCUUAUUCACAAACUUCUUUAUCUUCCAUGACAUCUACUUCAUUAUCGUCUUCUUGUUCUUCGUCUUCCAAUAAUAAUAAUAAUAGUAUCCAUGAUGAUGAACAAUCUACAGACUAUAGAAAUGAACAUUUAUCCCCUCAAUUAAUUUCUACUAAUUGUCAUUGUAAAUAUUUAAGAAAAUCUUUAUUUUCACGUACAUUUUAUAAAAAAUUUAAAAAUUAUUGGGCUGUACUACUUAUUUCAUUCAAUAAUCAUAAUAAUGAAUAUGCUUUUUUAGUUUUAUUUAAAACUCAUACAAAACAAUUAAUUUCAUGGUCAUCUAUUUUAUCUUCACAAUUGAAUAAAACAAAAAUGUAUAAAACUCAACUUCUUUUCAACUCACCGAAUUAUUAUUCAGCUAGUCGAUGUAAAGUCUUACGUAUACAAGAUGCAUGCUUUGAUAAUAAUAAUAAUCAACCUCCAUUGAAGGGUCAUUGUAUUCAUCAAACUGUAUUAGUUUUAGAAAAUCAUUCAAAUAAAGAGAAAGUGUAUCGAUUAAUAUCUCCAAAUGCACAAUAUUCAUGUAUUCAAUCAAUGAUGUGUAAAAAUUCAAAUAGAAGUUCUUCCAAAGUUAUGGAACAUGCUGAUCAAUUUGGUGUUGCAUUGAAUUCUGAUAUUCAGAUUACAAAUAAUACACAUCGUGAUCUGCUACCUUCUUGGUCAUGGACUACUAAAACGGUGCAUCGAUUCAGUCAAAUAAUUAAACAAAAAUUUGGCACUAUUUCAAAAAUAAAUCGAAAUAAAUAUGACUUGUCAUCUAACAUAACAACAACAACAACAACAACAACAAACAUUCUUCCUCCUACUACUACUAAUACUACUACAACUACUCCUACCACUCCAUCAAAUGAUUAUUUAUUAAAUAAAUCAUUCCAAUGGCUUCUUCCAUUACUUACUCUAUUUCCAUCUACCUCACAACAAGUAUCUAAGCAUAUGUUUCAAACACCAUUUCUCAAUUUAUCCACAAUGGAAUGA